AUGACAGUAUUGACCACUAAAAAUGAACCCAAACCUAUUCAGAAUCAAUCAACAUAUCUCCCAAAUUUCUUACGCAAAAGACGUCAAAAUCAGAAUCAUACGCUUCAGGAUAAGAAAGAUACUAAUGAUGCUGACGAUGAUGAUACAGAUAUAGCAUCGUACGAUAUUAGUAAUGAAAUAUAUUCAUUGCAUUCGUCUAAUAUCAAUGUGAAUAAUAAUAAAGAACAAAAUUAUGACGAUCAUACAAAUGAUUCCUACAUUAACAAGUUGGAGACUCCCUUACCACUCAGAUCUACGGUUAUGUCUUCCCUUGUUGGUAUAUUCGUGGCUGUGGGCGGUUUCAUGUACGGUUAUGAUACAGGUUUAAUAAACUCGUUGACAGAUAUGAAAUUUGUUAAAUCAAAUUUGGCUCCAAGUCAUGAGGAAUUCACUAUCACGCAAACCGCUAUAUUGGUAUCAUUCCUAUCGUUGGGUACAUUUUUUGGUGCUUUAGUCGCACCAUGGAUCUCAGAUAAGUAUGGAAGAAGACCCACAAUUAUUUUUAGUACAUCUAUUAUAUUCUCCAUUGGUAAUUCUUUACAAGUUGGAGCUAAUCAUUUACCAUUAUUAGUGGCUGGAAGAGUAAUAUCAGGUUUUAGUAUUGGUAUCACAUCUGCUGUUGUACCUUUAUAUCAAGCUGAGGCGGCACAAAAGAAUUUAAGAGGUGCCAUUAUUUCCACAUAUCAGUUUGCAAUUACUAUCGGAUUAUUAGUCUCAAGUGCUGUAGGACAAGGUACUAGAUCAAGAAACGAUGCAUCAUCAUAUCGAAUACCGAUAGGUUUACAAUAUAUUUGGUCUUCAUUUUUGGCUGUAGGUAUGUAUUUUUUACCUGAAAGUCCACGUUAUUUUGUUAUGAAAGAUGAAAUUAAUAAAGCAGCUAAAUCAUUAGCUUUCUUAAGAGGUAUACCCGUUGAGGAUCCUAGAUUGUUAGAAGAGUUGGUUGAAAUUAAAGCUACAUAUGAUUAUGAAGCUUCCUUUGGUAAAGCUACAUUUUUGGACUGUUUUAAAUCUAGUGAAGUCAGACCUAAGCAGGUUCUUAGGAUGAUCACUGGGAUGGGUAUACAAAUUAUGCAACAAUUUUCUGGUAUUAAUUUUAUUUUCUAUUAUGGGGUAAAUUUCUUCAGUUAUACGGGUGUUAAAAAUAGUUAUAUUGUUUCAUUUAUAACAUAUGCUGUUAACGUUGUAUGUAAUGUUCCUGGUAUGUUUUUCGUUGAAUAUUUUGGUAGACGAAAAGUUUUGUUAUAUGGUGCCAUUGCGAUGACAAUAUCAAAUUAUAUUGUAGCCAUAGUUGGAAUUACAGUGAAAGGUGAUCAAAGUGGAAAAAUAGCAAUUGCAUUUAUUUGUCUUUUUGUAGCCUCAUUUUCUUCAACAUGGGGUGGUAUUGUUUGGGUUGUAUCCGCAGAGUUAUAUCCAUUAGGUGUAAGAUCUAAAUGUACAGCCAUAUGUGUUGCAGUUAAUUGGUUAGUCAAUUUUAUUUGUGCAUUUAUUACUCCAUACAUAAGUGAUUCUAAAAACGGUUCUUCUAUCAGUUCUAGCUCGAAGAUUUUUUUCAUUUGGGGUUCCUUGAAUGCUCUAAGUAUAUUUGUUGUUUAUUUUACUGUCUAUGAGACAAGAGGUUUAACUUUGGAAGAGAUAGAUGAACUUUACAGAAAAUCUCCGACAUGUUUUACUUCAUCUGAAUGGAACAAGAAAAUAAGAGAAAGACCAUUGACAUACAAUCCGGAUUUAACCACUAAUCUGCUACAGGAUAUUGAAGCCUUGAAUUCCAAUCAAAAUGGUGACGUUUUUACUACUGGUGUAAAUAUUCCAAUGCAGACGAUCUCUGAGACAAAAGAAAUACAAACUAUUUUUGAGGAAGAUGAUAUAUUUCCUGAUGAUAUGAUUGUGAAUGACCCAGUUGUAGUACCGAAAGAAGCAGGACCUUCGAACAUUGUGGAUCCCGAUAUUAAUAUACCAGGACAAGUAGAUCUAAAUGGUCUUCAUAGUAAUUAUGUUGACUUAGGGAAUGGAUUAGGUCUCAAUGCAUACAACAGGGGACCACCUUCCUUUUUAACUGAUUCCAGUGAAGAUGGUGAAUAUGGUAAUGAUGAUAACUCUGAAAUUUAUAAUACAGGCGACACCGGUUCAUCAUCUAAGAGUGUUAACAACCUUCCAAAUAAUGAUGCACUCAAUAUGUAUAUGGCAAACUUGAUAGAUAGCUCAUCUAAUACAAGUGCAGGAACGAGUCUGAGCAAUAACCCUUCUGAAAAUUCGGACACACCAUUAUAUUCAUCGUUUGUUAAUCAAAUGAGACAGAUACCGAGAACUGAUACAAAUACCGCGGGAACUUCGAACAAUGAUUGGAGUCAAUUUCUUGCCCAAAGAUCAGAUUUAUCAUCUCAUGCAGAAUCUCAGGAAUUUCCAACAGAAUGA